AUGUUGUUACCCAAGAGAGAUCUCUAUAAUCACGAUUAUACCGUUAAAUUCUAUCCUAAGGUUAAUAAUAAUCAAUUCUAUAAAGACAUGAUGAAGAAUGAAUAAUUGCUUAAUUAUUAUGUUUUCAAGAAUGAAUUCUUCAAAUAACAUGUUGAAUUACAAAAAUAUCGAGAUUAUGGUUUGAUAGGUUCAGUUGGUGUCUCUUUAAUUGCAAUAUACUUUUAUAAGAAUCUCCCUUUGAUUUCAAGAAUUUAAGGCAAAUGGACAUCAUUUUUGAUGAAAUUAAUGAUUUUUGGCUUACCAUAUGCGACAGUGUAUAUUGUGACAGAUGAAUUAAAGGAGAAGUAGAUGUGGGAUCAAUACACCAAGAAUUUCAAAAAUUAUGUAUAUUAUAAAUAAACGGGUGACAUCAGAUGCUUUAAAGUUUAAAUUGAAUCUACAGUUUGA